AUGCCUCGCCCACACGCUCCGGACCACCGCAUGAUUCUUGUCGAGCCCGAGGAACAUGAUGUGCGUGUAGUCGAGACAACCCCCGACAACUUCAAAGAGCUUGAGCUAAAUGGUGAUGAACCCACCAAUCUGGGCGUCGCAGUUCUGCGAGGUCUUGAUCGCUCGAGAUAUCCUGUGAAGGAUAAUACUAUCAUAUUUCUGGGACUCGCGUGGUACAUCGGUGCUUAA